UUUGUUUUGAAUUCGAAAAAACAAACUUCAUUUAAACAAUUUUAUUUUUCAGGUGUAGGACAUAUACAGCAGCCGCAAUCACAUAUGGUUACAAGGGCGGAAUGGGGUGCUAGAACACCCACAAUGGUCGAACAUUUUCCAGGGCCUUCACAAUUUGUUAUCAUACAUCAUUCCUAUCAACCAGCUGCCUGUUUUACCAAUGAGGACUGUCAAAGAGCCAUGAGAUCUAUGCAGGAUUUUCAUCAAUUAGAAAGGGGUUGGAAUGAUAUUGGCUAUAGUUUUGCCAUAGGUGGUGAUGGCAAUAUUUAUGUGGGUCGUGGUUUUAAUGUUAUAGGCGCUCAUGCUCCCAAAUAUAAUGACAAAAGUGUGGGCAUUUGUUUGAUAGGCGAUUGGAGAACCGAUUUACCUCCUCCUCAAAUGUUAAAGGCAGCCAAGGAUUUAAUAGCUUUUGGUGUAGCUAAAGGUUAUAUCCAUCCUGAAUAUAAAUUAAUGGGUCAUAGACAAGUACGUGAUACCGAGUGUCCGGGUGGUCGUUUAUUUGAUGAAAUUUCUACUUGGCAACACUUUAGUCCCAAAGUAAAUGCUAUCGAAAAUGAGGUUAAUUAAACAUUUUAGUUCAAAUUUAAAUGUCUACUUUAGUUAGUUAAUUAAAUAUCAUUUUAUAUAAUUUAAGUAGGAUCUCUUAAGAAAUUUUUAUAUAUAAUAUAU